AUGGCCUGGGUGGCGGCCAUGCACCUGCUCCUCCUGUCGUCCGCCGCGGCCGCCGCCCGCGCCAGCAUCGCCUUCGCCAUCGACAUGCCCCCGCGCCUCUCGCUCGAGGAGGCCUCCGCCGGCGGCGACUACGACGAGGACGGCGCCGCCGGAGGGGAGGGGGACAAGGGCGCCCAGGCCAUCGUGGGGAGCCCCAUCGUGGCCGGAGCCAUGAACAGGCGCCUCAAGGCGCUCACGUCCUCCUUCGCCAGGACCAUCGGCAAGAAGCUUGACUACUGCAUCAAGGACACGGAGACGGAGUGGAACGCGGCAUUCGAUUUCUCAAAGGACACAGCCUUCCUCACCAACUGCAUGAAGGAGACCAAGGGAGACCUUCAGCAGCGCAUCUGCACGGCCGCCGAGAUGAGGUUCUACUUCGAGAGCUUGCUGGACAGCGGGGACAACGGGGAGAUGAACUACGUGAGGCCCAACCUGAACUGCAACCUGUCGUCGUGGAUCGACGGGUGCGAGCCCGGGUGGGCCUGCAGGGCCGGCGACGACCAGAAGAUCGACCUCCAGAACUCCAAGGACAUCCCUUACAGGGCCCUCAAGUGCCAGUCCUGCUGCCCGGGAUUCUUCUGCCCCCAUGGCCUCACCUGCAUGAUCCCUUGCCCUCUGGGUGCAUACUGUCCAAGGUCCGACUUGAACGUUUCUACAGGCAUCUGUGACCCAUACAACUACCAACCGCCCCCAGGGAACCCCAACCAUACCUGCGGUGCUGCUGACAUUUGGGCAGAUGUGGUCACCACGGAUGAUAUCUUCUGCCCACCUGGCUUCUACUGCCCCAGCACUAUACAGAAACUCCCUUGUAGUAGUGGGUUCUAUUGUAGGAAAGGGUCAACCUCACAAACUAGAUGCUACAAGAAGAGCUCUUGUCCACCCAACUCUGCCACUCAGGACAUCACAAUAUUUGGUGCACUGCUUGUGGUUGCUUCUUGUUUAGUCCUCGUGAUCAUUUACAACUUCUCCGGUCAGAUCCUGACCAACCGUGAGAAAAGGCAAGCGAAAUCCCGAGAGGCCGCUGCAAGGCAUGCAAGAGAGACAGCGCAAGCUCGAGAGAGAUGGAAAUCAGCUAAAGAUGUUGCCAAGAAGGCGGGCGUGGGUUUGCAGUCGCAAUUGUCCCGCACCUUCUCGCGCAAUAAGAAGCCUGGACAGGCACAGCCGGGACCGUCCAAAGUUGGAGAUGCCGGUGGAAAGAAGAACAAUCUCACUGACAUGAUACGCUCGCUUGAAGACAACCCGGAGAGCGACGAAGGAUUCAACGUGGAAGUAGGGGAUAAGGCUCUGAAAAAGCCCACGGGGAAACAGAUGCACACUCGGAGCCAGAUUUUCAAGUAUGCCUAUGGUCAGAUCGAAAAGGAAAAGGCCAUGCAGCAGGAGAACCAUAACAUGACCUUCUCAGGUGUGAUAUCAAUGGCCAAAGACCAUGAUGUCAGUACGAGACCAGCCAUUGAGAUCGCCUUCAAGGACCUAACUCUAACAUUGAAGGGCAGCAAGAAGAAGCUCUUGAGGUCAGUGACAGGAAAGCUCUCGCCUGGCCGUGUAGCUGCUGUCAUGGGCCCGUCUGGUGCUGGGAAAACCACAUUCCUGAGUGCCAUUGCCGGUAAGGCAACUGGGUGUGAAACAUCGGGUUUGGUACUUAUAAAUGGUAAAAUAGAACCGAUUCGUGGUUAUAAGAAGAUCAUUGGCUUUGUUCCCCAAGAUGAUAUCGUCCAUGGUAACCUAACUGUCGAAGAAAACAUCUGGUUCAAUGCAAGAUGCAGGCUCUCAGAAGACAUGUCAAAGGCGGAUAAGGUCCUCGUUGUGGAGAGGGUCAUAGAGUCACUAGGAUUGCAGGCAAUUCGAGAUUCUCUGGUUGGGACAGUGGAACAGCGUGGCAUCUCCGGUGGCCAGCGCAAGAGAGUCAAUGUCGGCCUCGAGAUGGUGAUGGAGCCCUCGGUGCUGAUCUUGGAUGAGCCAACGUCUGGUUUGGACAGUGCCUCAUCCUUGCUUCUGCUCCGUGCCCUUCGCCGUGAAGCUCUCGAAGGUGUGAACAUCUCCAUGGUUGUUCAUCAACCCAGUUACACGCUGUACAGAAUGUUUGAUGAUCUGAUACUUCUAGCCAAAGGGGGCAUGACGGUGUACCACGGGCCUGUGAAGAAGGUGGAGGAGUACUUCUCAGGGCUGGGCAUCGUUGUCCCAGAGCGCGUGAACCCACCGGACUACUACAUUGACAUCUUGGAGGGCAUUGUGAAGCCCAACUUAAACCCAGGCGUCAGCGUGAAGGACCUGCCUAUCAGAUGGAUGGUGCACAACGGGUAUGAUGUUCCCCGAGAUAUGCUGCAGAGUUCUUCAGAUUCAGAAUCAUCAUCCAGAGCAAGCAUCGAUCAUUCUUCGAGCCGCAACGAUGCUGGGCAAUCCUUUGUUUCAGUACUCUUGGGCAAUGUUAAAGAUAUCCUCGGGCAGAAGAAGGAUGAGUAUGACUACAAUAAGACUUCCGAAGAUUUGUCGAACCGCAAUACUCCUGGAAUUCUAAAGCAGUACAGGUACUUCCUGGGAAGGUGUGGCAAGCAGAGGCUCCGGGAAGCGAGGAUACAAGGAGUGGACUACUUGAUACUUUGCCUUGCCGGGAUAUGUCUGGGGACACUGGCCAAAGUGAGCGACGAGACAUUUGGAGCGCUGGGAUACACAUACACUGUCAUUGCAGUCUCCCUGCUCUGCAAAAUUGGAGCCCUGAGAUCGUUCACGCUUGACAAGAUAAACUACUGGAGGGAGAGAGCCUCCGGGAUGAGCUCCCUGGCCUACUUCAUGUCCAAGGACACCAUAGAUCACUUCAACACCAUCGUCAAGCCCAUCGUCUACCUCUCCAUGUUCUACUUUUUCAACAACCCCAGGUCGUCAAUCUGGGAGAACUAUGUCGUCCUCCUCGCGCUGGUCUACUGCGUCACCGGCAUCGGCUACACCUUUGCCAUCUUCUUCCAGCCAAGCUCUGCACAGUUGUGGUCGGCACUGCUCCCAGUUGUUUUGACCCUGAUAGCAACUCAGCAGAAGAACACCAUGUAUGCCGAUUUGUGCUACACAAAGUGGGCUCUGGAAGCGUUUGUCAUUGCAAAUGCACAGAACUAUUCCGGGGUGUGGCUAAUAACACGGUGUGGCUCGCUGGUCAGGAGCGGCUACAACAUCCAGCACGAGAUUCUCUGUAUAGUAGUCCUCAUUGCUAAUGGGAUAGUCUUCCGCUGCGUAGCAUUCUUCUGCAUGGUCACCUUCCAGAAGCACUAACAAGGCAAGGAGAGCCCAUAUAGCAGAUUCAUUUCUUUAAUUUCAGUGUAAUAGAACUGUAGACUAGAGUCCCUCUUGGUACAGUCCCAGGUGUAGAUGAGGAGAGAUUCUUGAAUAGCAAACAACUGUCAGGUAUGCUCUAAAUUAUAUCGUUUUCAGACUAGCUGAAACAUCAGACCUCACUUGUUGAACUCAACUGUAAAUUUGAUAUGCAAAUUCAGUGAAGUACAGCAGCUU